AUGGCUCCAGGGGUCUCAAGUUGUCAUUACCGUGAGGUUCCCCCAUCUCUCUCCUUCUCUGGAUCUGGAUUCCUGGCCACCUACCAGUUAGGGGUAGCCCAGUGCUUUCUUAAUUAUGCACCCUGGAUCCUUAGCAGCGCCCCGAGUGUCCUUGGAGCCUCUGCUGGCUCUCUGGUAGCAGCUGCUGUAGUCUGCGAAAUGAGCCCGGGUAAGAGACUUAAUCAUGAUUUUUCUGAGUCUUCUUAAGUUUCUUGGAACUAAUCAAAGUGUCUUUAUUGUGCAGUAACCAUUCGGGAUGAGGUGCUGAACUUUGCCAAGCAGAUGAAGGCUUUCACACUUGGACCACUUAAUCCUUCUAUCAAUGUUUUACAAUGGUUAGAGUGUGUUUUGAACAAAUAUCUCCCCGCUGAUGCACACCAACUAGCCAAUGGGCGUCUUGCUGUGGCGGUGACCCGCAUGGCUGACAGCAAACUCACUAUCAUGUCAGAGUUCCAAUCCAGAGAGGAUGUGGUACAGGUUAGUCCACUUGUCAGUGAUUUCAAAUCAGCUUGUGUACUAUUUUUCAAAUCAUGCUUUUCAUAAUGGACAUAUUAAUUUCUAUGACGUCCCCAGGCUCUGCUCUGCAGCUGCUUUGUGCCUGGUUACUGUGGUCUGCUGCCUCCAUCCUUCAAAGGAGUAGUGGGUAUUUGAUAUUCUUUUUGUAUUACGCCUCAGAGUGUUGAUUAUCAUUAUUAAAUCUGUAUUCUUGUCUCACAGUAUUAUGUGGAUGGGGGUUUCAGGAGUAUGCAGCCAACGAUGCCUGUUCCCUGCAGUUCUACCUUGACUGUGUCUCCAUUCUCUGGAGAGUCAGACAUCUGUCCGUUAGACUCACCGUCCAUGUGGGACAUGGUCGUGAGUGGAACCACCUUGAAGGGCAACAUGGCAAACAGCUUCAGGAUUAUUAAUGCUCUCUAUCCCAUGGCUUUAGAGGUCAGAAACCUUCUUCACUUGGCUUGUACUCUCAGUCUAUUAAGCUUUUUACUAUAGUUGGUAAAAAAAAAAAAAAAAACUAAAUCUGUUUUAAUUUUUGAUUUUCUUUGAUAACAAUAUGGGCUCAGAUAAACACCAAGAGACGACCACAUUUUUUUCCCUCUUACUAAAUUUUAUGUCUUGAAUUAUAUAAUGCUUAGAAUAAAAUAGUUUAAAAUGAAUAAGUACCAUACACAUGCAGGUGUGUCAAUGUGCAUAAAGGGGUCGUAUCAACAACUACUCUUUUAAAAAAGCUUCUCAGAGAGGAUUCUGUAAUCCUUUUGUGACAUAACGUGCUUCGAUCGCUCUCUAGACUCUGGCUGAGGCCUUCCACAGCGGCUACAAAGAUGCUUUCUACUUCCUUGAGAACAACAGUGAGUCUUUGCAGGAAAAAUAAGCGAUGAAAAAUAAAAGUACUCAUUAUAGCCGACCCGCUCUGACCUACUUUAUCUUUCUGUCAUGUUUCUCCUUGUAAGCAGAUCUUGCCCAGCAUAUGAUUUUCAACAAAGUUUCCCAAAAUGGACCAAUUUACUACAACCAAAAUAUAGACUCGAUGGACCUGGAGGUCAAAGGUGAGCAAGAGGAGGAGAUGAAAGAGGGGAGGGAGACAACCACACAGAGGUGUACAGAAAAGGGAUACAUGAGGAGCAUCUCCACUGAGAUUGAAUCACCCAAAGAUCAGCCGACCAAAAGACCCACUCUACGUUUUGAAAUCAUGAGGCAUGGUAUGUCUGACAUCCACACACACAAAUCGUGUAAAUGUAAGAUUAAGUUAAUGUAAAUGUAGAUUAUGUAUACAGAUUUGCCAAUAUAAAUAUAAUCAGUGUUAAAUGACUUUCCUUUGCUUAAUGGAUGGUUAAUGUUGUUUCCGUUUCUAUUUAAGUUGCCUUGACCAAUGUGAUGUCCUAUCUGAGCAUGUUCGGACUCCCUGCAAAAAUCUUAUCCCACCUCCUCCUUCCUCUUAUGGUUUCAUUUUAUGCCGUGGUCCAGAGUAGAAAGAGGUAUGAAAUAAACUAAACACAUAACACACCCACACAACUGCCAAUGACUGUCUCAGACAACAUAAGCAACAUCAGUGUUUAUACUAUCAUGUUAAGGUAGAUAGAUAUUGUUUGGCCACAUCAUGAGGCACUGUUUAACAGAGUUUGGUUUCUCUCUCUCAGGUUGGAGGUGUUGGUCAGACAGGCACCAGAGUCUUUGUUCUGGGUUUGGCAUGCUGUGAGACACUUUACCCUCUUCUUUUAUGAAAUAGUUGUCUACAGCCUCAAGAAGAACGUUCGUGACCGGUAAGACUGCAUCCUUAAUAAUAUACAAAUCUAACUUAAGCAUAUUGAUUUUGUACUAUGAUAUAAUAAAGUUAACUCCCAGACUUCUCUGAAGGACAUUACAAUUUCUCAUUACUUUCCCAUAUCUUCUUAUUUGAUAAUUACUUUUGACAAUAAAAAGCCCAUUUUCUUUAUCUGUUGGGAAAAUUUUCCUUCAUCUUUCUCCAAAUAAACUUCCUUCAUAUUAACUGUGAAGUGCCCAGCGCACACGAUUUAGCCGAGCUAUAGACGUGGUAAUCUUUUAGAAAAUGAUGCCUCUCUGAUGAAAACAUGGAUAAAAUCAUUUUAAAACUAAAAGCAAGUAAAGUAAAAUAGUGCUGAUGCAUUGCAUGUGCAUAAAGUAAUAAUUUUUGGCACCUUGAGUGAAUUUUUCUUCGAUUUUCUUACUUACUGAAUUUAAAAAGCAGAACUUUUGCCUGUAGUUUGGUAAAAGUAGUGUUCCUGAAAGAAAAACACCUCAUCUGAAUAGUUGUUCUACUAUUUUACUAAAUGUUGUUGGUGCUCAAAAUGCUUAAUUUCAAAUGUUAGUUGCUGCUUAUCAUAUAUUGUCUUUGUGAAAUCUCAUCGAGCAUCUGACUUUACAUAUUGGAUUAAACACAUUCCGCCUGUCUGUGUCUUUCAGGGUUAUGCCGACCAUCCUGCUGUUUCAGUGGCUGAAAAUUCGAGCACGUUAG